UGGUGGGGGCUUCAGAUUAAAAUAACGUGAGAUGAGCUCGGUGUGGGGGCAGAGGGCGCGCGAUGUGGGUUGUCAUAUAGUUACUGGAGGCCGUCAUUUAUUAUUGCGGAAUAUAACGCCUUGACUGCCUCUUGACGAGUUAGCGUGCUAGCAGAGGCCAGGUGUAUAUAGUCAGGUGUGUAAGUGUGGAAGACGAGGCAGGGGAUGGUUGAUAGAAUAGUGGGUGUGGAUGUGUGUGUAGUGGCUGCACCCCAUCAUCACUGCCCCUACACCUUGCUCCCCCAAGUGCCCCAAACCUUGUUACCCCGGCACUUGGCAGUCUCACACUACACACACACAUCAAACACGCUACAAUCAGAGCGUGUAUCAGAAUUAACAUUCUAAUAGAUCGUAUAUGUCAUUGGUUAAUGUUUAACAAGAGUUGCGCCAGAGUGAGCGAACACGUGUGUGUGUGUGUGUAGCACUUUGAUAUACAGCGAGAAGUGCCAUAAAGUUGUGUGGUGCCAUUAAGGAAGGGGAAAGUGCCAAGGAAGCAGGAUGUCACCCUACACGCCUGAGGACUUCGAGAAGAGUCCUCGACGUCAGCCCUACAAGUCUCCUUACAUACUGUACGAGCUAAGCGACGACGUGAAGCGGAAAGACUUCCUUGACGAGCUGUUCUCCUUUAUGCAAAAGAGAGGUACGCCCAUCAACCGGCUGCCCAUCAUGGCCAAGCAGGUUCUGGACCUGUAUGAACUGUACAACCUGGUGGUGGCUCGCGGGGGUCUGGUCGACGUCAUCAACAAGAAACUCUGGCAAGAAAUUAUCAAAGGUCUGAAACUUCCUUCGUCCAUCACUAGUGCUGCAUUCACUCUCAGAACCCAGUACAUGAAGUACUUGUACCCUCUAGAGUGCGAGAAGAUGAAGCUCUCCAACCCAUCCGAGCUACAGAGUGCCAUUGAUGGCAACCGGAGGGAAGGACGCCGCUCCUCCUAUGGCACUUAUGGUGAUUCCGUCCAACCACCUCUCCUUCCUCUUCAGAACCUCCAGUCACUCCAGAACCUUCAGAACCUCCAGAACCCACUGAGUUUAGUUCCUCGACCGCAACUCAAUGGCAAUGGUACGGCGCAUCCCUUGGCGGCUCAAGACUACCUAUUGGGUCGGGGCGGGUCCCCCCCAGGGUCGCAGGAGGCGCUGCUGGAGGCCACGAGACUCACCAUGUGGAAGCUCUACAACCAGGGUCUUGGAGGCGGCGGAGGCUUCCAGCACGAGGACGAGGGACCAAAACUCCACCCGCCCCCACACCACCCCAUGGGCGGCGUUCCUUUCCCGCCGCAGAAGGAAGCACUCAACUUGGAAGUAAAAGACGAGGAAGCGCCGCUGCUUCUUGAUAACCGAGGUUAUCAGGCGUUCUGCUUGCAGCGGCCGGGGCGAGUCAAGGAGAAUUCAGACCUACGCAACGAUAUUCGCAGCGAUCUACGCAAUGAUCUACGUAAUGACCUACGCAACGAUCUACGGAACGAUCUACGCAGCGACCUACGCAAUGAUAUACGCAGCCGCCUGGAGGAGAGUCCGUUACCUCCCGCGGCCAAGAGACCCGCCCAGCAUGAGGACGCCCACGACCCACGUCUGCCCCCGCCCACCACGCCCGGGCCCCCGGGUCAACCCGGUGCUAAUAUCAAGAUCACAUCCAGGGGAGACGGCCGGAGCCAGGACCAGAGUUUGGUAGUGAGUAUGGAGAUCAACGGUAUACUGUACCAGGGAGUGCUUUUCGCUCAGGCUCCCAGGGCUCGCUUCAGCUAAGAUGCCCCUCGCUUGACCACCCCACAUCCCCACUCCGCCAUCAUGGAGGAUCCAGGCUCACUAAGGGGUGAUACUGGGCUGUCCCCCGGUCCCCCUUGGGAAAGGGGGGGUUUCGUACCCUGGGGGGCGGCGAAAGAGCAAGCAGCAGCGUUGGACAAUGCAUGAAGCAGACGAGUGCGUUCGUCUGAGAACUCUUGCGUGCGCGCGCGCUCUCUCUCUCUCCACCUUCAAACCCUUGGUCAAGUGCAACAACAUUUGACUCUGUUGUUACUUUGUAAUAAAGUCAUUGUAGUGCUUAAAAGAUAAUGCUGAACCCUGAAUCAGGGUUACUUGUAUUUAUUUAUGUAAUUAUUUUGUGUGUGAUGAUUGUACAGUCAUGUUCAGUGUGAGAGCAAAUGGCAUAUUCCUGUUUUCUCUUCUGUCCGGUCAGUGUAACGUAAGAAAACCAAGUGGUGAUCUCAUGAAUGUAAUACUCAAGUUGGGUGAUCGCGCUUGGCCCACACGUGGCCAAGGCAGGCCAUGACGUGGCCAUGGCAGGCCAUGACGUGGCCAUGGCAAGCUUAUAUAGAGGCGUCUUUGGCCUAAGCUGUCAAUCGAGGCACCCUCCACUGCUCGGUGAAGGAAAUAACUAAGGACCAGCGCACCAACAAUCACCUUGGCCGCCUUCCUCAGCAGAGUGGUUGGGAACACCUCUUCAUGACAUCCUUGGACGGACCCGCCCAAACCAACCAACCAACCAACCCACCCACCCACUCGCCGGGAUGACCGCCCACUCGGGGCCAAUCAGCUGCCCUCAAAACAGUGGAUUCCGCGAUGAUUCUGUUAAUGUGUUGAUUGUUUCUGUUUGUGUUGUUUUUGGUUGACAAGUGUUGACUAGUGCGAUUACGAGUGUUGAGACUGUGUAAAGGUUUAAGGUUCCUACUGGCUUGCAGGACCUGACCCGAUGGCCUACAGGACCUUACUAGAUGGCCUGUCGACGGGCCUGCUGCAGGAGGCAGUCUGCAUUUGCCAGCCAUUCAUAGACUCGUUACUGCAUUAAAGGUUAUGAUGAUUAACGAGACGAGAAAAAUGCAUAGCAAGUUUUGGGAAGUGUUGACAAUGUGGAAUGCAAUAUUGCUAUUAAACAUCUACAAGUUAUACCCUGUUUGGAAAAAUGUUCUUUGUACCUGAAGUGUUUAAUUAAAAAAAAUUCCAGGUUUAUGCGUUUUGUGUGUCAAGUGUCGUUUAAAAACCAGAGUCCAGAUACAAAUUGUUUUAUCCCUUGUGAGUUUUUUUAAUGUAAUAGUUUUGGAAUAUUAGACUAUUUUUGUUAGGAUGAAGUACUUACGGUUAGUCAGUGGUUAGGAUAGUUGUCUGGUGAGCGGCGGAUGACGUGUGUGGGAGGUCAUCGCGACGAGUGCCAGGAGUGCCAAACAGCUGGUCACUAGUGCAGGAGCAGUGUAUGUGUGAAUGUGAGAUUGUGUAUGUGUGUAUACAGUUUACUCAGGGAUCCUCAUCUGUGCUCACGGCCCGCGGCUGCCACUUGCGGUGCCGCUUGCGUCGCGGGCACGGCCCCCAUCCGUGCUACAGGCCGCAACCACGGUCACCGUCACCAGCCGGGAACACCACGCAUUCCUGGUGGGGGCGGCGGUGACGUGGUGGGGGUCUGGCGGCUCCCUGGCCGGUCCUGAGCGUAGCCGGGGGCCCAAACCCCCUCUUUACCCCCUUCACUCACUCCCUCCGUGGAAUCUCACUAAGACAUGUCUGGGCAGCGCCUUGACUUCUUUGAAGAUAUACUUCUACCAUUUAUCUAAAAUUUCACUAGCAUUAAGGUUGUAUUGUAAAUUACUUUUCUCCAACAUGCUCCUUACGGGAGCAUGUUGCUCCUGCAAGAGAACAUCUCCCUUCCCACCAACUGACGAAGGGAGAACCUCUUCUAUCCCUUUCCCUAGACGAUGGACGCAUCACUCUCCUAUCCACUUUCAUUCCUGAUGGAGGCAUCCCUUCCCACCUCACACCUGACGAGGGAGGCAUCUUUUUUUUCCCCCUCACCUGACGGGGAAGGUGUCCGCCACUCCACUUCCGCCCCAGCAUGGAUAACCGAUUAGCUUAUGUAAGUAGAGCGGCAGUUACUUAAAAGUGGACAAAUUGUAUUAAAUAAAGUGUUAGUAGUGAA